CGCUGGAGAGAAUGCUUCAACUACUAAAAGCUACUACAUUACUAGAUUAGGACAGUGUAUUUUUCGUUGUUCUGUUUGUCAAAAGUUUCCGUCCUGGAUUAGCGUCAAACACGGACCGCUGUAUCGCUGUAAAGAUGAUGCUGUGCUUGUUUCAUAGAAAUUCGAAGCAUCGACUUUUCGCUGCUCUCUUUCUCAUGGCAGCUUUGUCGACAAUAUUCCUGGUACAUUUUCGUCAGGGUAAUAACACCGUGCAGGCUGAGUAUGUUGCUGGAAGAGACAUAAAUCUGCACAAGGCGAAAACAGUGCCCUUAAGCAUAAUAAAAGGUACUGGAUUCCAGAGUCUAGAGCAGGAGCAGACAACACGGAUGGCAAUUUUUCAAAACUACUGCAGAGGACGUGGUUUUAAGACCAAUGAGCCUGUGUCAAAAGAAGCGAUAAGUCGAUUCAUUGUUAACGACAAAUAUCAGAUCCUGUACUGCUUUGUGCCUAAAACUGGAACUACGACUACCAAGCAUGUGUUUUACAACCUUGAGCAUGGAACUAAUACUACUACCCUUUUUCUUGGAAGCAAGCAUCUAAAGUUCCUAAGUGAAUUUACAGAAACUGAGAUCUACCGUCGACUGGAAACCUAUAUAAAGUUCAUUGUAGUACGCGAUCCUCUUGAAAGACUGGCUUCGGCUUGGAUGAACAAGUUCAUGGACAUUCGUGGGGCGAUGAGAUACUGGUUUAUCGAACAUUACCAGAGUAUGCUGGAGACGAUUACGGAUGACAGGUCAAGGGAAAAGGUGGCUUUUUCGUCAGAGGAUGUGGAGAUGACAUAUCUGAAUGGAACCCUGAAACACAUACCAUUUCUAGCCUUCAUUAGAGCUAUAGCAGAAAACCAGACAAGAUGGAUGAAUCCGCACUGGCAGCCAGUAUACCAACUGUGUUCACCAUGUCAGGUUGACUGGAACUACAUCGCCCACACCGAAACGCUGGUGGAAGACUUCCAUCUUUUCUUCAAGAAAGCUGGCAUUGUUGGGCGAGAUAACAUUAUACCUGAUAUGGAGGAAAGAGUCGGCAGCAGGUUCUACCUUGAGGGCUUUAUGAAGAUACCGUUGGAGGAUAUACAACGUAUUGGACAGCUAUACAAAUCUGACUAUGAUAUGUUUGGAUAUUCAUUUCAAGACGAUCUAGACAGUUUAUUCAAGCAAGUCGUUACGGAGAACCAGCAAAGCUAAUAACCCUAUCUAGACUGGGCUUUGCAGGAUUCGUUCGUCUUAUUCGCCCCCCUCUCAGAACUCGUAAACGGUAUAUCGUAUGGCUACCAUGUUUUAGUUUUAGAGGGGGUGUACUAGUAAAGAUUAAUUAUAACAAAUUUAAUGUCAUUAUGACGUACUCUGGCGUCAUUAUUUUGUUAUUCAUGUGAGUUUAUUAACUAAAAAGGUCUAGACAGGUAAUAGGAUAAGUUUUAAAAAGGGUUUAUAAUAGAACGUUAAGGUUUACUGAAACUUCAGAUGCCCAUAGAAACACUAGUGACAUCAUAAAUGACAUCAUUCAUAUCUAAGCUAUCUGCCACCUUGUUUCGUCAAUUUUGACUUUUCUGUAAUACGCUUCUUUCAACAAAAAGCCUAAAACCAAAUGGGUAUCAAAAACAUUUAAUGUCAGAAGAAAUUUAAGUAGUGAUAAAAUUUAAGUAUAGUAGCUUGGACAUGACUGAUCUAGUGAUUGGUCCGCCAUCUUAGAUUUUGACCAAUGACGUCAUCAUAUUAGCAUUAGUUAUACAUAAUUAUAUGAGUAAUACAUAGUUAUUGAUGAGAAUUGCAUAAAAUUCUACCAUAUGUUAUUAAUGUUAAAAAAUGAACUUGUUCCUAGGUAUAUAUUUUUUUAAAACGUCACCGAGUAUGGUGAUUCUAGUGCAAGUAGUUCAGAUGCUAUCUGGCAUCAAAGUUGGCGCGGGCACUUUUAGCUUUUAGGGUUAAGAUUUAUCAUCGCGGGAAGUAUAUGGUGUAAAUAGUUCUGUUUGUAUGACCAUCAACCCCACUUGCAUUUUUUGCAAUACCUUCUCUUGUGACGCCGGUUGUUCCUGGGCACCACACGUGAUAACACUUUGUCUACAUCUACUUCUUGGAGAUAUAAUCGCAAAUUGUACUCUACACCUAGUCCUUUGACGCGUAUGAUCUCGUGAGCGUCAGGCGCCAACGACUUCGUCAGUACAUUCUCGCUAUAUACCAGUUUUAUUUGAACAU